UAUCUCAGUAGUUACGAUUUUCACAUAAGCUGUGAAGCGCAGCAGAGAAGCAGGAAAAAGAAGAAGAUGGUAGGGUUUGAGUACGCGAAGAAAUCCGACAAUGCUUCCAACAAGAACAACGUCUUGUCGGACGCCGCCGUCAUCAAUCUCGAUCAUGGGGAUCCGACGGUGUUCGAGGAGUACUGGGGGAAGAUGGGGGACAGGUGUACGGUGGAGAUUAAAGGAUGGGAUCUGAUGAGUUACUUCAGCGACGCGAACAACGUGUGUUGGUUCAUGGAGCCGGGGCUGGAAGACGCGAUCAGGGGUCUGCACGCGGCGGUCGGAAACGCGGCGACAGAUGAACGCUACAUCGUGGUGGGGACAGGCUCCACGCAGCUUUGCCAGGCCGCCGUCCACGCGCUAUCCUCCAUCCGUGGGUCCCACCCUGUCAGCGUCCUCGCCGCCGCUCCUUAUUACUCCACAUACGUGGAAGAGACGACGUAUCUGAGAUCGGAGAUGUACAAAUGGGAAGGAGACGCGAGGAGCUUCGACAAGGAAGGGCCGUACAUAGAGCUGGUGACGUCACCGAACAACCCCGACGGGACCAUAAGAGAGGCAGUGGUGAACAAACCAGACGGCAAAGUCAUAUACGACUUCGCCUACUACUGGCCUCACUACACUCCCAUCACCUACUGCCCCGAUCACGACAUCAUGCUCUUCACCUUCUCCAAAAUCUCCGGCCACGCCGGCUCACGCAUCGGGUGGGCGCUUGUGAAGGACAAGGAAGUGGCGAAGAAGAUGGUGGAGUACAUAAUGGUGAACUCGAUCGGGGUGGGGAAGGAGUCGCAGAUGAGGGCGGCGAAGAUACUCAAUGUCCUGACGGAGACAUGCCGGUCGGAGACGGAGAGCUUCUUCGAGUACGGGCGAGAGAAAAUGAAGACGAGGUGGGAGAAGCUGCGAGAGGUCGUCAAGCAGAGCGACCACAUCUUCACUCUCCCUAAGUAUCCCGAAGCUUUCUGCAACUUCUCCGGCAAACUCAUGGAAACAUACCCUGCGUUUGCAUGGGUGGGGUGCAAGGAGGAGAAUGAUCUGGGGAGCCUCCUAAUGAAGCAGAAGGUUCUGACGAGGGCCGGGAAUAGAUGUGGUUCCGACAAGAAGCACGUCCGAGUCAGCAUGCUCUGCCGCGAUGAUGUCUUCUCCCUCUUCCUCCACAGGCUUGCCUCCCUCGCCACCGAUUCCCUCCUCUAACUGUUCGUCUUCAUAACCAUGAAAACAACACAACUAAAAGACCCAACAGAAUAAAAGCUAAAACUACGAGGCUUAUCUUAUAGUUCGAUGUUUAGAUAUUAAAUAUAUAUUUUGCUUUGUAGCGGUGUCAUGUAAUAUAUGUAACGUACGGUUUAUCUAAUGGGGGAAAUGAGAGAGUUUCAGGAUGCUUUCUAUGUCA